CUGCAUGGUGUGUAGACGAUGUACAAAUAUUUGGACUUUACAGAUAUACAAAUUACUGGUUAUUUAUCCACAAAAUGCAUAGAAAUCCACAAAUUGCAAACGUAUUCUAUAUAAUUGCAAAGCUUAACGAUGUUCACUGAUAACAACUGGACGAUUUAUGAUAUGCGCUGAAUGGAAAGUCACUUCCUAAAUCUUCACAAAUUCGGCGCCAUCGGAAAGUUAUGUGGGCUGUUGACUUCGAGGAGGCAUCCCUGUGACUAAGAGAGUGCGAAGAAGUCGGCUGUCACUCCACGUCAGCGUACCGGAUUCCUCAGGUUGAGAGGUGCAUGUCCACUCCCGGGUGAAUGCCGAUACAUCAUCGGUGCUACUAUGGGCUGCGGCAAGGUGCUUUGGGCUGUUGUGGGGGCGGCUGUCGUCAUCACUUUAAUAACUGUCCCCAUGGCAAUAUAUCUGAAUAGAGAGGACGCAGGCUCCAAUAGGCCUUUUACCCUGGCAGAUUAUUUCAAUGACACAAUUAGGUAUAAAAUAUAUAAUUUGCGGUGGAUAUCAGAUAACGAAUACCUGCAUAAAACGAGACAAGGCAACAUUAUGCUUCACAAUGCUGAAACAGGGGAUUUCUUUGAAUAUAUAAGCAACAACACAUUUGAACAAGUGUAUGCCACAGACUAUAUUAUUUCUGCUGAUCGGAAAUACAUCUGCUUUGAGAGCAACUACUCCAAGCAAUGGAGACAUUCAUUCACAGCCUCUUACUCCAUCUAUGAUUAUGACAGUUCAACAUUUCUCAAGUCUGUGAACAUUCCACAAGCUGUGCAAUACUUUGCCUGGGCACCAACAGGAAACAAACUGGCUUACGUCUGGAAUUACAACAUUUAUUUGAAACCCAACGCCACUGCUGAAGCCAUACAAGUGACCCAUAAUGGAAAAGAGAAUCAGAUUCUUAACGGUGCCCCUGACUGGGUAUAUGAGGAGGAGGUUUUCUCAUCGAACGAGGCAAUAUGGUGGUCACCAACUGGAAAGUAUCUGGCUUAUGCUGAGUUUAAUGACACAAAUGUCCACACGAUCGAGUACUCUUUGUAUGGAAAUGGACAAUACCCCAGUACAGUGGUUGUCCCAUACCCCAAGGCUGGCUCAACUAAUCCUAAGGCAAAGCUGUUUGUAGUGGACACAAUAAAUCCAUCAAGACGGACACAGGUGGUGGUGCCAGAUUCCAUUGGUGCAGGUGAUCACUAUUUGAGUUCAGUCACUUGGGUGACGGAUGAGCGCAUCGCUGUUCAGUGGACCAAGAGGAAGCAGAACCAUGUCCUUUUACAGAUCUAUGACUUUGACGGAAACAACUGGAAUGAGAACCAGAAAUAUGAACAAAUUAGCAAGACGGGUUGGGUUGGCCAAUAUGUUCCUCUCCAACCUAUGUUUGCAGAGGAUCAUAUCAGUUUCUACAAAGUGAUGAGUGACACAUACGGUUAUAAGCACCUUCACCGUGUGAAAGAUGGCAAGGCAACACCCAUUACCUCAGGCAAGUGGGAGGUCAUCUACAUUUCAAAAAUCACCAAAGACGCUAUAUACUAUGUAAGUAAUGAGUACCAAGGAAAGCCUGGACAGAGAAAUCUAUACAAGGUUAUGAUCGGAAGGAGCCACUCUGCUCCCCAGUGCCUCACCUGUGGCCUGUAUAAGGACAGGUGUCAGUACAACUCAGCCUACUUCAGCUACAAUGCCUCCUACUACCGCAUGGACUGCUAUGGACCUGGAACACCAUUGUUCACACUCAUGGACAAUAGAGGGUCAGGUAAAGAGCUCCUGGUUCUUCGUGACAACAAAGAUCUUGAAGAAAUGCUAAAAGAAUUCCAAAUGCCAACCAUGCAGCGUGGGAUCCUGAGGGUAGCAGGAUUUGAUCUAUGGUAUCAGAUGAUGUUACCCCCCAAUUUCCAAAAGAACAAAAAGUACCCUCUUCUAAUUGAUGUAUAUGGAGGCCCCUGUAGUCAGAAGGCAGAUUAUCGCUACAGACUGAACUGGGGUUCGUACCUCUCCAGUACAGAGGGGAUAAUAGUGGCCAGUUUCGAUGGAAGGGGAAGCGGUUACCAAGGUGACAAAAUAAUGCACUCUAUCUACCAACGUCUUGGAACGUUUGAAGUGGAAGAUCAAAUAACGGCCACAAGAAAAUUUAUUGACAUGGGCUUUAUAGACAAAGAACGAAUAGCCAUAUGGGGUUGGUCAUAUGGUGGCUAUGUCACGUCGAUGGCUUUGGGUGCUGGAAGUGGAGUUUUCAAGUGUGGAAUUGCAGUUGCCCCAGUAGCUAAGUGGGAAUAUUAUGACUCGGUGUAUACUGAACGCUAUAUGAGUAAACCGGAGGAGAAUGCUGACUCUUACAAGAAUUCCACAGUAACAAGUAGAGCAAAGAAUUUCAAAUCAGUGGAAUAUCUCCUGGUUCAUGGGACAGCUGAUGACAAUGUUCACUUCCAGCAAUCUGCACAGAUCUCCAAAGCCCUGGUUGUCCAGCAAGUUGACUUUGAGGCGAUGUGGUACACUGACAGGGAUCACGGACUUGGAGGACCUGCCUACCAUCACCUCUACACCCACAUGAGUCAAUUCUUACAGAAAUGUCUUGUCAAACCCAAGUCGAUCUAAUAACCCCUUACUAAGUUCGAUGCCUUUUCAUUGUAUUAGUAUGACAGCAUUUGUAUAGUAUAUUGCUACAAUAAAAAUGUUGACCGCUUUUCUUUAUUGAUGAUAUUCUGGACUGAGGAUUCCAUUAUAAGUUAUAUACUGUAAUUAAUAUGUGGUUGCUUGUAAUGACUAUUUGUGUUUGAUAUGAAAUUAUUGUGCUGAUCAUAGAAAAAAUGUGACCAUUGAAUUCACCACUAUGUACUCAAAGCCAUUGCAUGUUGGUAUAACAGUAUUUUAUAUCAAUGACUUCAGUAAUAUUGGUUAAAAUUGUUACUGCACUGAAUUUGUUGUGUAAUGUUCAAAUCUUGUUUGUAUUUUACAUUGUAUGUGAGAUGUAAUUGUAUGUGGAAUUUAAAUAUGGUUAUAACCAUUUUCUCGUUUGAAAAUGUUGACAAAAAACUGUUAAUUGUCCUUACAUGUGUUCAAAAGGAACAAAUCGUAGCGAGCGAUAAGAUGUUAAAACAUAUAUUGACAGACAUUUUGGAAUUCAUUAUCUUUCUAGCAUGUUUGAUACACUUCUGUAUCCUGUUUAUUCGGUAGAAAAAAGGGAGAUUAUGUAUAUGUAUGCUUAUUAAAAAUGUGUGAAAAGAUCUUAUGGUAUAUGAUUGUUCAGUCUGGACAUCUUAUUGAUACAGACUGUGUGUUUUGCAUAUUAUCAUAAGAGUAUUGAACAAAUAAACAACUGAAUAUAAAACUCAA